GCACACAUACGCGUCCUCCCACUUAACUGAUCAUUUACGUUUCGCAACUUGCUGAAGACGAUUUUCGAUUUCGCUGGGUAAAGACACUGAAUAUCAAAAAUGGCUCAAGGUGGAAUGGUUCUUGUCAAAUACCUAUUGUUUAUCUUCAACUUUAUCUUCUGGAUCUCUGGCAUUUGUUUGAUUGCCGUUGGUGCUUGGAUCAAGGCAAAAUACAGAGACUUCAUUCAGCUAAGUGACAGUAGUAGUGCAGCGUCUGGUGCAGUGUUUCUCAUCAUCAUCGGUGUCAUUGUUGCAAUUGUUGGCUUUUUGGGAUGUUGUGGUGCAUGGAAGGAGAAUUACUGCAUGGUCACUACGUAUGCUAUUUUGCUGGCCAUAAUUUUUAUCCUGGAGAUCGCUGCUGGUGCUGUGGCUUAUGCCUACAAAGGAAAACUGGAGGAUUAUACCAAAAAAGCACUUGAUGAUGGUAUUGAUAAGUAUCUUGAUGGUGACAAAGAUGCGAUAAAGGCAAUAGACAAUAUACAGAAGCAGUUUAAAUGUUGUGGUGUUGAUGGUUAUGAGAAUUACCUUAAUGCUUCUGAUGAUAAAAAAUUCCCAAAGACAUGCUGUAAGAAUGAAAAGCAUUGUCCUGGCACUGUUGGGGAUGUAAAGAAACUAAAUGGUACAAAACUGGAUGAUGAAAUCUAUACAAAGGGAUGCCUCAAACAAUUUGAACAGUUUCUUCAUGACCACAUUUUGAUUGUCGGUGGAGUUGGUAUUGGCAUUGCUUUUGUCCAGUUGAUUGGCAUUUUGUUUGCCUGCUGCCUCAUGCGGUCCAUCAAGGCAGAGUAUGAAGUAGUGUAAUGUUGCACUAGCCAGCCAAUCAGCAGUACAGCCAGAAAAUAACUUCACAUAUAUCCAGCUAUAGUGUAAUUCAAAUGUAGUGUGCUGUUCUAUGUUAAAGCUGGGUUAGUUGAAAGAUUGUAUCUACAAAAGUGCGAUUCAGUUGCACAUUUUUGUUUUCUUAAAUAAUGGUGCAAAUAAACAGGGGAAAAUUUGCCAUUUCUAUUUUAUUUCCCUGCCUGCAACCUUUAAAAUGUAAUUAACAGCUAAGGUGUGCCUGCUGUUUUCUUGUUUUUUUUGUCUUUUCCCCAACUUAUAUUCUACAACCUUAAUUAUGUGCAGUUACAUAUUUUGUGAUAAUCAGAUAGUGACCCCUGGAAAUACAAAGCCAAGCUGUUACUUGUACCCAAUGUGUAUCUAGACAAGAUCUGUAUUGGAUUGUAUUAUGGUCGUGAGCCCUUGAAGUUGAUGGGUAUCUGUUGUAUAAUACCUUUGGUAUGCAUAUCUACUGCAUGAGCUUUUCAAGGAUCAAGUCAAUAAACUUUGGUUUAUAACAUAA